AUGUCCGAAAAUAAGAUUGAAACUUGUACAUAUUCGAAAACAGCUGUUGAAAAUUGUUCAUCACCAGUUAUUAUGAAUAAUUUACAUAAUAAUGAAAGUUUUUAUUCAACACGAAGUUUAAGCUAUUCCGAUAUGGAUUUAUCACAACAACAACAACAACAUCAGGGUACUGAAGAAUUUCAUUUAUCAUCAGCAAUGAAUAUAAAUGAUAAUACAUGUAAUCAUCUGGAAACAUCUCAACGUUCUUUAUCAACUAAUGCACUUGAUCAAUUAGUCGAUUCAACAAUAUCAACAGAUAUAAAUCAAUAUCCUCUUAAUGUAGAUUCACAUCCAGAACAUAUUCGACGUCAUAAUAAUAAUCAAAUCACUUAUCGACAAGAUGUAUCUAUACGCUAUUUACAACCACCUACUCCACCACCAUCAGGUCCUAUUGUUGUUCGUGAAAUUCGACCUCUUGCACUUCCUGAACCUCCUCCAUUAGUUAUUCGUCAAAAUCCUUCUAUUCCUAUGACUCCACCUCCCAUGAUAAUUCGAGAACGUCCACCAAUUCCACCUCCUGUCGAACCAACUCGUAUUGUUAAUAAAUAUUUACCUGCUCCACCACCACCUCCACGUAAAGUAAUUAUUGAACGACAAGCACCACUUCCACAAAAACCUCAACCUAUUAUUAUUGAAAAAUGGCUUCCUUAUCGAGCACCAUGUAAACGACGUGUUAUUGUUGAAUCAGCACCACCAUUGAUACCAAGACCUCCACAAAAAAAUACUGUUAUCACAUAUGAUGCUCCUCAUGUUCAUCUUAUAAAAAAUAUUCAUGAUCUUGGUAUUGUACGUGUCGAUCCUGAUAUAUAUACUGCUCAAUAUGGUUCACAAUUAGCAUCAAAUGAAUAUGUUUUAAAUACUAUGACAAAAUUUGGUGUUGGAAAUAAUUAUGCAAAUAUGAUUCAAAUGCAAUCGAUGAAUCAUAAUUUAAAUAAUCAUCAAUCGAUGAUUUAUAAUGAAAAUAAAACAUCAAAUAUAUAUGGAUAUCAAAAUGGAAUUAAUUGCGGUUAUAUUGAAAAACAUAUUGAAGAAACAAUAUUACCAGAUGGUAGACGAAAUUUUCAUUCGAAUACUACAGGUCCCAAUAUACAAGAAGUUUUACGACAAGCAUCCAUAAAUCGUCAAUUUUCACCAUCAUCUGGUCCAGGAUCACGUUCAACAAAAACUUUACCUGGUCAAGCAGCAUCUCCAUCUUCACUUCAUCCAAAUGCUGGUUCAGUAACUCCAACACAAUCACCAGCUCGUUCAAUGAAUCCUUCAUUGUCGAAACAACAUCCUCAAUCAUCAACUGUUUCAUUAACACCGACGAAUAGUCACGAAAAUGUUAUUUUGUAA